AUGGCAGCAGCAGUCGCCUCGAACGGCGACGUCCAGCAGAUCACCAAGGACCUGCAGGCGGUCAGCAUCGACUAUGACAACCUCAACCCGCUCAGCCCCGAGGUGAUUGCCAAGCAGGCAACCAUCAACAUCGGCACCAUCGGUCACGUCGCACACGGCAAGUCCACCGUGGUCAAGGCCAUCUCGGGCGUCCAGACCGUCCGUUUCAAGAACGAGCUCGUCCGAAACAUCACCAUCAAGCUUGGCUACGCCAACGCAAAGAUCUACAAGUGCGAGCGCGACGAGUGCCCGCGUCCCCAGUGCUACCGCUCAUAUCCCUCGGACAAGGAGCCGCACCCCGACUGCGAGGUGCCCGGCUGCGGCGCCAAGAUGAACCUCCUCCGCCACGUCUCCUUUGUCGACUGCCCGGGUCACGACAUUCUCAUGGCCACCAUGCUUAACGGUGCCGCCGUCAUGGACGCCGCAUUGCUCCUCAUCGCCGGUAACGAGUCGUGUCCGCAACCCCAGACCUCGGAGCACCUUGCCGCCGUCGAAAUCAUGAAGCUCCAGCACAUCAUCAUCCUCCAGAACAAGGUCGACCUCAUCCGCGAACAGGCGGCCGAGGAGCACUGGAAGAGCAUCAUCAACUUUGUCAAGGGCACCGUCGCCGACGGCGCGCCCAUCGUCCCCAUCUCGGCGCAGCUCAAGUACAACAUCGACGCGGUCAACGAGUACAUCGUGAAGCGCGUGCCCGUGCCCACGCGCGACUUUACCUCGCCACCGCGCCUCAUCGUCAUCCGCUCCUUCGACGUCAACAAGCCCGGUGCCGAGGUCGAGGAGCUGCGCGGCGGUGUUGCCGGUGGUUCGAUCCUGUCGGGUGUGCUCAAGAUCGGCCAGGAGAUCGAGGUGCGCCCGGGCAUUGUCACCAAGGACAACGAGGGCAAGAUCCACUGCAAGCCCAUCUUUUCGCGCGUCGAGUCGCUGCUCGCCGAGCACAACGACCUGCAGUUUGCCGUGCCCGGCGGUCUGAUCGGCGUGGGCACCAAGAUCGACCCGACGCUGUGCCGUGCGGACCGUCUGGUGGGCCAGGUGCUCGGCGCCGUGGGCCAGCUGCCUGCCAUCUACACCGAGCUGGAGAUCAACUACUUUUUGCUGCGUCGUCUGCUCGGCGUCAAGUCGGACGACAAGAAGCAGACCAAGGUGCAGAAGCUCGCCAAGAACGAGGUGCUCAUGGUAAACAUCGGCUCCACCUCCACCGGCGGCAGAGUGAUGAGCGUCAAGGCGGAUCUCGCAAAGAUCUUCCUCACCAGCCCGGCGUGCACCGAGGUAGGCGAGAAGAUCGCCCUCUCCAGGAGAAUCGACAAGCACUGGCGUCUCGUCGGUUGGGGAACCGUGCGUCGCGGUACCACGCUCGAGCCCGAGAACAACUAG